GUUUCCGUGACACUGUCAUCAUCUCAAAUCAUAUAUCUUAGCCAAAGACAAACAGAGGAAACACACACAAAUACACCAGAGGAGGAGAGAGAAAGCAAUCUCAUCGAGGAGAGAGAAAGUAGCAACAACAACAAUGGUGGGAUGUUGUCCUCCCAUGGAUCUGAUGCGCUCCGAAGAGAUGCAAUUGGUGCAGCUCAUCAUUCCGCUUGAGUCUUCUCAUCUCACCGUCUCUUAUCUCGGUGACCUCGGCCUUCUCCAAUUCAAAGAUUUAAAUUCAGAUAAGAGUCCUUUCCAGCGAACUUACGCGAAUCAGAUUAAAAAAUGUGGAGAGAUGGCACGUAGAUUGCGAUAUUUUAGGGAACAAAUGGCCAAUGCUGGCAUUUCAACUCCACCAAAGUCUUUCACGACGAAUGAUAUCAAAGUGGAUGAUUUGGAGGUGAAACUUGGAGAGCUGGAAGCUGAGCUUAUUGAGAUGAAUGCAAACAAUGGAAAGUUACAGCGGACUUAUAAUGAACUUGUUGAGUAUAAACUUGUUCUACAGAAGGCCGAUGAAUUCUUCCAUUCAGCUCAAAGAACCGCGGCUGCUCAGCAGAGAGAAAUGGAAGCACAGCAAACUGAAGAGUCCUUGGACACACCUUUACUGAUGGAUCAAGACAAAUCGGGUGAUCCAUCAAAGCAGGUGCAGCUGGGGUUCUUUACUGGCCUUGUACCCAGGGAGAAAUCUAUGCCAUUUGAAAGGAUCUUGUUUCGUGCUACUAGGGGCAAUGUUCUCGUAAGGCAGACUACAGUAGAGAAUCCAGUGAUUGAUCCUGCUUCUGGAGAGAAGGUUGAGAAAAAUGUCUUUGUAAUAUUCUAUUCUGGAGAAAGAGCAAAAAACAAAAUUCUUAAGAUAUGUGAAGCAUUUGGAGCUAAUCGUUAUCCUUUCAGUGACGACUUUGGCAAACAAGCUCAAAUGUUGAAAGAGGUUUCUGGUAGACUUUCUGAGCUGAGGACUACAAUUGACGCUGGACUUCUGCAUCGUGGAAACUUAUUGCAGACUAUCGGUGAUCAGUUUGAGCAAUGGAACAUUCUGGUGAGAAAAGAGAAAUCCAUUUACCACACAUUAAACAUGCUCAGCAUGGAUGUAACGAAAAAAUGUCUUGUGGCUGAAGGGUGGUGUCCAGUUUUUGCCACAAAACAGAUCCAGGAUUUGUUGCACAGGGCGACGCUGGACUCAAAUUCACAAGUUGAAGCUAUAUUUCAGGUUCUACAUACAAGGGAGUCACCACCAACUUAUUUCAGGACAAACAAAUUUACUUCUGCUUUUCAGGAGAUUGUUGAUUCAUAUGGGAUUGCUCGGUAUCGAGAAGCAAAUCCAACUGUAUACACAGUUGUUACUUUCCCAUUCUUGUUUGCAGUCAUGUUUGGUGAUUGGGGGCAUGGUUUAUGUGUGUUACUUGCAACUUUAUACCUGGUAGCCAGGGAGAAGAAGCUUGGGAGUCAGAAACUUGGUGACAUCAUGGAGAUGAUGUUUGGAGGUCGAUAUGUUAUUUUGAUGAUGGCAAUCUUUUCAAUUUACACAGGCUUCAUCUAUAACGAAUUCUUUUCAGUCCCAUUUGAAUUAUUUGGAAAGUCAGCCUAUGCAUGCCGUGAUCCUUCCUGCAAGGAUGCAACGACUGAUGGUUUGAUUAAAGUGAGAGAUGCAUACCCAUUUGGAUUAGAUCCUGUAUGGCAUGGUUCACGAAGCGAGUUGCCUUUCCUUAACUCCCUAAAGAUGAAGAUGUCAAUUCUUCUUGGUGUUGCCCAAAUGAAUCUGGGGAUCAUGAUGAGUUUCUUUAAUGCUAAGUUCUUCAGAAGUUGUGUGGAUAUAUGGUUCCAAUUUAUUCCACAAAUGAUUUUUUUAAAUAGUUUGUUUGGCUACCUCUCCUUUCUCAUUGUAUUGAAGUGGUGCACUGGCUCUAAAGCUGAUUUAUAUCACAUAAUGAUCUACAUGUUUUUGAGCCCUACUGAUGAAUUGGGUGAAAAUCAGCUUUUCUCUGGCCAGAAGAUGACUCAGAUUGUUCUGCUGCUGCUAGCCCUUGUGGCUGUACCUUGGAUGCUUCUUCCAAAGCCUUUUAUCAUGAAAAGCCAGCAUCAAAGUAGGCACCAGGGUGAGUCAUACGUGCCCCUUCACGCAGAAGAAAGCCUUCAAGUGGAAGCAACAAAUGGAGGUCAUGGCGAGCAUGAGGAAUUUGAAUUCAGUGAAGUCCUGGUGCAUCAACUCAUUCAUACUAUAGAGUUUGUGCUCGGAGCAGUUUCAAAUACUGCGUCAUACCUUCGUUUAUGGGCAUUAAGUUUGGCUCACUCAGAGUUGUCUACAGUGUUUUAUGACAAGGUUUUGAUGCUAGCAUGGGGGUACAACAAUGUCAUUAUUCUUAUAAUGGGUAUUAUUGUCUUCAUCUUUGCUACUGUCGGUGUGUUGCUAGUCAUGGAAACCCUUAGUGCAUUUCUACAUGCAUUGCGUCUCCAUUGGGUGGAAUUCCAGAACAAGUUUUACUUUGGAGAUGGUUACAAGUUCCUUCCCUUCUCAUUUUCUUUGAUUGGUGAAGAAGAAGAGUGAAUGUUUCAGAUAUAGCUUAGCCAUUUCGCUAGGAAGUUGCGAGUUGUUGAUAUUUGAUUCCUUAAUUUAUCUAGCUUCCUGGAGAUGGAAGUUGGGAAGCACCCCUUUGAGGGACAUUUGCGAGAAUUAGUUUUGCACAGUGAAGAGUUUCAGCCCUUCCAAUUGUUUAUUUGUACUUGGAAGAAAUAAAAGGCCUCAGAGAGAAGUUACUGGCCAUGUAUCAUAACAAAUCAGCUGUUUGUGUUUUUAUGUACAAUAAGUUAUUCCUUUAAACAUCAUUGUUCAUGAUGAUUAAACACCAAAAUGCAAGUAAUUAUUGUAGCAUUUAUCAGAAUAAUGUCAAAUUAGACAAUUUGCGUGAUCAUUAUCUGUUGAUCUAAUGACAAUCUUUAGCCGAAUA